AUGCUUUCUGUAUGCAAAGAAUUUAGGAUUUCUUAUGAGAGCUAUUUAUCAUGUGAUUGCUGCGGUUUCCAAGGCCAAAAAAUUCGGACUGAACUAAGUUCUUUACUAGAAUUUUGCAUUGAUUCAGAUAUUAAAGAAUUCAAAGAAUUCCAUCAAUUUUUUAAUUUUAUAGAUUUAGAAAUACAUUUCAGCAAUGUUCACAUUGUAAAGGCGUAG